AACGCUGUUGCUGCUGCUAACGCUGCUGCUGCUGCCGCUGCAGCUGCCACCACCAUUUCCAUCCCCUUCGUGGAGCGGGAGUAUGUGAUCCAACCGAAUACAAUCAUUGAACUGGUUGAUCUCUAUGUGCCGCCCAUGCGUUCCGAAUUUCGUAUACCAAUCUAUCAGACCCCCGACGAUGUGAUGAACCGCAACAACACUGGGCUGACUAUUCGUGGUCGCAGACGCGGCAGACCUCCGUUGGGGACCAGACCCAGUGGAGUUACCACCCGGAAGCCAUAUAAGCGUCGGGUCAGACCGGAAUCACCACCGCCGCUGCCACCGGUGCCCAACUAUCUGGCCCAUGUCAUCAAUCCGCUGGAGAACGAGAUCUAUCCCAAGGUCAUUGUGCAGCCAGCACACUUGCCCUUUGUGAUACCCAAGAAUUUGAAUGACGAUCCAGUACCACCAAAGCCGCCAACGCCUCCACCGCCACCAACUCCACCUCCUCCUCCUCCUCCUCCUACUUCAAAGAUCCAGCCUCAGCCUGGGAACACCGCCCAGGACAUUGCCCAGCUAAGCGAGAACCUAAAGCUCUUUGGGCCAAAUGUAACCAUCGCCCAGGUGACCAGCCAGGGUCAGACACGUUUUCUGGCCAUUCAAAAGAGGCCCAAUGGUGAGCAGCGAAAGAUUCUAUUCAGUGCCAGCCAAUUGCAUGCCUUUGUUGCCAGCCUUAAGGCCAACCAGCAGGUGGGUGCUAACACCAUACAGAAGCCACUGACAUCCAGCAAUGCCAGUGUCCGACCGGGUUCCAUGCCACAUCGUCCAAACGAGGUGCUGGUACAACAAUCGAUGCAACAGCCGCAGGUACAGCUACUGAUACCGCCGCCGGUACAGCCGCAUGUACAGUUGCUGGUAAAGGCGCCGGUACAGAUUCCGGUACAUAUGCCGGUACAGCUGCUGGUACAGCCUCCGGUACAGCAACUUGUACAGCCGCAACGUUUCCUUUUGGAGCCGCCACCAAAUUUCCGUCUGCCCACCAUGGCGGCUCUAAGGGCAGCUGCCAAUCAAAGUGCACGACGACCUGCACCAGGUCCUUCCUUUCUGGGAACACGAGUGGGCAGUGUGGGAAUGGGAGCGGCUGUAGAAGAAAAACCCUUCGUGGAUCCUUCACCGGGUAUAGUUCCCACAGCUGUUUGGACACAGACUAAAGCUAAUCAAAAUAUGGGUGAAACUUUUAAGGAGCCAAUUAAGUCGGAAAACACUUCAAGUCUAGAUUCGGGAGAGGUGCAGGCAAACGUACAGGCACAGGAACAGGACACGGCACAGGCACAGGUGCAAGCACAGGGACAGGACGAGGUACAGGCACAGGUACAGGUACAGGCAGAGGUACAACAGGCACAGAGACAAGCACCGGAAGAGGUAAAAGUACCAAUUCCAACAGAGGCAAAGACUCUAGCACCGAUUCCUGUACAGAAAUUACAACCGCCACCGUGUCCUCUAAGUCUUGGACUAUCCCAAUCCAGAGUUCCAUCGAUCCUAACCCGCAAAUCUCAGCUAAGAUUGCUCAAUGAAAGGGCCAAGAGGGCAGCCGAAAAAGUAAAUGGAAAAUUCUAAAAAUCGUGCAAUAAUCACUUCAAGAGUCACAGAAGAAAGAAAAGUAUUAAAAGCAAAUAGCCAAGUAAAACAAAUCCAUAAGAUUUCUAAAUUUGCAAAAUUAUAACACUCAAGUUAUUUCGAUUGAAACAUAA